UAUGGGUCGAUGCCACUCCUCUAGUGUUAGUAGUGUGUGUGUGUGUAUAAAGGAAGAGGGGAUUGAUGAAAUUAACCAGCAAAUUGGCAAAUUAAGAAGCAAAAGUAGGGAGAGGUGAAGAAAUAAUUAAAGUAAGAAGAAGAAGAAGAUGAAGAGCAUGAGAGGUGAGGUUGAGCUGCACAUUCCGGCGGAGAAAGCAUGGCAAAUGUAUAGAGACAAUCAGAUCGCGGGCAAAAUAAACCCACAACUGCUGGCUGCCGCUCACUACAUCGCGGGCGACGGCCGCCCCGGCAGCCUCCGUCUCUUCAAGCUUGGCCCUGCGGUGAAUGAGUACGUGAAAGAAUCCAUAGAAAUGAUAGAGGAAGUGGAAGAAGGGCGGCGCGUGACAUACUCCGUCGUCGCCGGUGACUUGAGGAAGAUGUACGAUCCCUACAAGGUCACAAUCUCAUUCGUUCCGGUGGAAGGAGAUGGGAGGAACAAGUGCAUAGCUGAAUGGAAAGUGGAGUUUCAACCGCUCACCACCACCACGCCGCCACCGGGGAAGGCCAAAGACAUCGCUCUUCGGUUCCUCAAGUCGUUCGAAAACUACCCACUUGGUUAAUUACUAGUGUUUGGUUGUUGCUGCUUUUUCUUCCUUUAGAUGUGUUCAAUAAUAAAGUAAGAUUAUACCGUUUGGACUUAAUGAUAAAAGAAUAACCAAUACUCAAA